AUGAUGCACCUUCAAGAUCUCAAUCCUCAUCUUCUCUGCGUGUUAUGUGGUGGAUAUCUUGUCGAUGCUACUACGAUCGUCGAGUGUCUCCACUCGUGUAAGUAUCUGAAAUCCCUUUUGGCGUUCCGAAGUAUGGUACGGCGCUUAAUAAACUAAAUAAAUGCUACCUUCCGCCCGUCUGAUCGUAAUGUGAGAAUUAACUCACUGACUGAAAUUAUAUAGCGUCAGUGUUGUAAAAGACGGAGAUUGGUUUCAACAACAACUUUGCACGUGCGGCACAAUUUUCACGACUACGACGUGAAGUGCCUAAUUUCACGUUUUAAGAAGGACGGAAGCAAGCGAUAACGAAAUUUUCUUUCUCUUUGUGAAUUUGGAUGAUAUGGUUCUUGGUAAUUCAACUCCAGCAGAGUUCGUUACACUCUAUAAGGUGAGUGAGUUGGAAUAAUUGCGAUGAACGAAGAUUGCAAAGAACGCGAAUUCACUUUUCAAGCGACGUUUUACGUCCUUGCAUCUUAAGGCCCAAGGCUGAUAAAGAAGCGGUUGAAGGAGGCAAGGCCAACGGCUUUUCGCCACCGUGUUAUGGUUUAUCCAUAUCUGACAUGUUUACUUUCCUUUAACUCUGUAUCAGUCAAGGUUGCAAGGAAUGUAAGGUUGCAAUCUGGCCCCGGCGUUUGGUCUUACCAAAAGAGAACAACGAGACGGCCAAACCCAACAUUUCCAGGCGUCGGCUACGUAUGCGAAAGACUCCCGUUUUUGUUUGCGUGCGAAUGCAGGGUUAGAACGUACGGAGUGGGUUAUUAUUGUGGAUGGGUUCUAGAAAUAACAACCAAAAUACUGACAUCAAUAUAUCUUUGGUUGCAGUUUGUCGCAGUUGUAUCGUGAAGUAUCUUCAAACCUCGUUUCACUGUCCUGUUUGUGACGUUGAAGUCCACAAAACCAAACCGCUUUUACACAUUCGGUGAGUGCUAUUUUUGCCGGACACAUUUCACCCCGCCCGCUCCCCACCCCCUCCCGUCUCAGGUGUGAGUGGAGGGUAGUGGAAUCGUUUAGGAAGACAAGCCCAUAAAUUUCGCUGGGGUAGAAUGGUAACAGUAUAUCAUUCUAGAGUUAUUCCGGGGCCAGCCCUCCGAACAGUUUGAGUAACGUAUUGCUUAUAAGUCCCCCCCUCAUAACGGGGAUAAGCCCCCCCCGGUUAUAAAGCCAUCUAUCUGCCUGUGUCUGUUUUAUUUCCCCUGAGCCUCUGAACCAAGUAUGAAUUCUGAUAUGUCGAAAUUGGUCCAGAGAAAAACGUCUCUCGGUCAACAAUGCUGUAGCUCGUUUGGAAACGCCUUUUCUUUUUUCAGGUUAUAAAACCCCCUCGGAUGGAUACUUCCUCGUUCACAGGCCCAUCUAAAACCACUUAAGCAGUUGUAUAAGCCCAUGGCUUAUAAGCUGUAGUUAAUCCCUAAUCCACCAUAUUACCAGUCAUCACAAGUCCCUCCAGCCCAGUGGACAAUAUCACAUAUACAAAUUCGCGAUCUGGUGAAGAACUUAACACAUCUCCCUCAUUUUCUUGAAUAGCUUUUAUCAACCCGGAAUACCUUACAACAGGGCCCACCAAACGCCUUAUACAUAAUUACAGUUAAAACCUGUGAUUAAAUUGGCUUUUCUUUUGUCUUGACAGACCAGACAGGACUUUACAGGAUAUCGUGUACAAGAUAGUGCCCGGAAUUUAUCAAGGUAAGAUAAAACUCCUUAAAUCGUCUCUCCUAAUAAUUGCCUGUUUCAAAAGUCUCACUUGUCGUUAUUGGAUAACAGAGAUAUAUUAAACAUGAGCACCACGAAAACUCACCAGGUUCUCCAUGAACGUUUCAUUUCACGAGGCGUUUGUCCAGAUAAAAGACAAUAGAGGCCAAUUUACGUCCACGACUGCGUAGCAGUUACAUUAAUUUGUUCAUCUUGUCUUUACAUGCAGAAGAGUUAAAUCGUCGCAAGGAAUUUGAAACGAGUUUGAAAGAAAAGAGUGAAGAACCAGGUUUGCAGUCACGUUAUUUUCUUCCGUGUUAUUUUCAACAUUAAAAAUGGAAAGUUGUUGGAAGACGGAUAACACAACUUUUAUUUUCUCCAUAGAAACUAAAGAGGAGCCGCAGAAUGCAGAGAAGGAGAAAGAGUCCUUGCCCUUUGAGGAUCCUGUGUGCAUUACUCUUGAAUAUUUCAGGUAGGAGUCUUGAUAUCGUCGUUCAAAAGCGUUACACGUUUGGUUGUUAAGAAAUAAGUGUUAAGUUUAGGCUCCCUUUCCAACGCUUUUCUCUUUCUUUUAUGCAAUUAGGAAAACAAGGAACCGCAUGGAAAAGGAGGUAAGUUAGAAUUUAUACUGGUUAUCAAUGAACACUGAAAUUUCAGAGCUCUGAGGGAGAUAGCCUGCGUGGUAGGCCUUAAAAUGGAAGGGGGGGGGGGGGGGGGAGGGGAAGGGGGAUUUCGGGUACGCGUGGAGCACGCACGUGUUGCCCUCUCUCUCGCUCGCCCGAAUUGUUUACGCCUGCCACGCAGGCUAUGAGCGAGGUUUUCAUUUCUGUUACUUAAAUUUUCAUGUCCUCAAUUUAAUUUUGUUUUUUCACGCACUGACCAUUGAUAAAGAUUCCUUUUUGCCCUAAGCGUUUCUCUCAUAGUCUGCUACACAGCCGUUCUUUGGGUCGUCACGCAACGCUCCCUCCCACAAGAGAGUUGCGUGACGAUAUUAAGAACGGCUGUGUAGCAGAAUUAUCUCUCUCGCAUUCUGUUAUGAAUCAGCUUUGCAGUAGUCUUUGGAUUUCUCGUCUUUGGUUCUCUCUCACAGUUGGCGCUCUCAUCUUUCAAAUGUCGUCAGGAAGAAGCGAAAGCAAAAAGGGUUCCCUCCGUAAUUUGACAUUUAAUCACACUGGUCUACAAUUAAGCUGACGCAUGCUCUUUGAGGUCAUUGGAAACGAGAUGAGUUUCAUCAUAUAUUUCAUUUAGCAACCUGCCUGAGGCCGGACAAGCGAAAGAAAAGCGCAUUUUAUGUCUUUUUGUAACUUUAUUUUUCAGAUUUUUCCAACUCGUUAUCUGCGUUGCUCCUCUACCGUGACAGUCAAAGUACUGAAGAAGUUUCUGGUUAUGAAGUUUGCCAUCCCAGAAACCCACCUCGUAAGCCACUGGAAGUUUACUCGUUUUUAAAAGAACUUUGCUCCAUGCACUGUUGUGCAUUAAGUACUUUCAAGGGAUUAUCUAGCUCGUAUUUUAAGUGUUAAAAGUAUUCUUUUCAACAUCCGCUUUUUUUUCGUAAAUCAGUAAGCGCAUGAACCGAUUUAUGAUCAUGCAACAUUUGCUUGGUUCUUCGCCCUUUCGGAAUUUUACCCCCUUUAAAGAAAAUGACAGGAAAAAAGACAACAACCGCGCAAGAAAAUCGUGGUUUUACUCGAGGCUGUGAGUUACCUUUUGACCAUAGAAGUAGCUGAAGCGAAGAACGGUGUCUUUUUUCUUUAUUUUUCCUUAUUACGUGUAUUCAUUUUCCUACUUGUUAGAUUACUAGGUCACCUGAGUCACAUCUGAUUAGUUGUUCUGUCUCUUGUUUCUGUUCAGACGGAAAUAAUUCGCUCCGAUGAAAUUCUGGAUGGUCACCUGACCAUGAAGGAGGUGUGUCGGAUAUAUGGUCUCUAUUCCAAGGUAAAUUGCAUGGCAACGUUAUCACUGUGAGAUUAUCAGUAGUCUUGUCCCAUGUAAAGUAAUCAGGAUUCAAGAAAUCCGGAACACAAACACGCGAACGCACAGAUUAUAUACAGCUGGCUUCCUGAAAAGCACACUAAGCGUGGCUGGAAGGGGGAAAAGGGAGUUUAGCAACGACAACAGCGACAAGUGCAAAAAUUUCGCUAUUUAAAUGAAUUCGUCCCUCGUUUUUUCAAGCUUUGUCGCGUUAAUUACAUCUCGCUUAAAAUGUCAAUUUUAGGUGAACAAUUGCUUAUUGAUAUUAUUGCCGUUGUCCUUUUUAAUUUUUUCGCAGCCAUUUGUGGAUCUACAGUACGUGUUCCUUGAGAAGAACGAUGAUGACACCCCUGUAGAGAAACCAAAGAUUUUUGAAGUCAAAAAGAAAAGAAUCAAGAAACGAAAAGGAAACAAAACCUUGCUGAAAAAGUGUCUCUCACCCGACGCACCCCGUCGAAAGAAAAAGAAGGGCAUGAAGAAAGCCGCCACGUCUUCUGUCCAAGCCAGCGAAAAUGUACAAGCCGUUGAUAUGGAACCCAGUCAAGCUCGGCCACUUGAGAACGAAAAGAAAGAGAAUCUAGUACUCAGUCCUAUUGAUCUGUGCGCAAAUGUGAAGAAAGAGAUCAUAUCCAGCGAAGAACAACUUCGCGUUAAGGUUAAAGGAGAGCUUAGUCUUUCGGAAAAUUUCAACAGCGUCGAUAAAACGAACGUUAGUGGACUAGCGCCAAAUAUGGGCGAUGAAAUUGACGGGAAUGUAAAUGAAAACGAGGCACCAGGAAUAAACAGAGUGAUUGUGAAGAGUGUCCAUGACGUCUCGACGGAGCCGUUAUUUGACUCGGCAAUUAGUGAAAAUGGAAAUGCUUUGAUCACCACGCCUGCGCCUGCGGUUAAUGGCUUGAUUCAUGGUCCUUUGAGCGAAACAGACAGUGCUAAAAGAAUGGACACAGGUUUUUCUACCUAUGACAGUGAUGUGUAUAUGAAUCACGUUUCUACAGAUUUGGAGUCUUCAGCGCUACUUAAUGGACUAUUAGUGGAAAGUUCAUAGCGGUAAAAGCUCUAGGUCAAGUAAGACACGAGGAUUUCUCCGGAACUGCAUCUUUCGUCGGAUAAUAGAAAUCAAACAGCAACCUGAACGGGACGUGGAUUUUCGC